AUUGCUUGCAAGGGAUGUUUACUUGACUAGAAGCAUAUAAUAGUACCCAUUUAUAGGUAGCCUUCUGCAGAGUUUAGUGUCACUUGAACAGGUAUUUAUUUGAAACAGAGGUGCUCUAGAAAAACACUGAUUUAAAAGGGGGAAUGAAGCGUUCUACUUGUUCUGUGAAGCAGAACCACCCGCUGGCUCACAGACCAGCAGUAAUAAACAGAGUCAAAGAGCGUGGGGCAUAAUUGCCUUCUCCUUUUGUGUCAGCUUCAUAUCGUUCUCGCAUGUGACAUUCUUCCUGGCCAUCAAGCUCUUUAUCCUCCCAUUGUACCAAGAGUGCAAACAGAAUUAGUUUGUUUGUUAUCGUGGCAUCUGUACAUGGCUUUUAAUUUCUUGGAGGUUAAAAAAACCCAAGCAACCCAACCCUCAAGCCCUCUUUGUCCAGCACUGUUUAAAUCUGCUCUCAGCUUGCUUGCACAGCUCUUUUCUGCUCUGCAAUGCAGAAAACAGGACUGCAGACAGAGAAAUCUAAAGCAAUCUGUGCAACAAGGCUUCAAGAAUGUGGUGGCAUUGCUGAAGAGGAGCUGUCUGGAGAAGGUGUCUGACUCCAUGAGAUCACUCUUCUGUUUGGCCCUGCCCUGGGGAAGAAGACUUUGAGAAGAUGGAGAACCAGAGUGGAGUGCUCUUGGGAUACAUCCGCUGGGAAGGAAAAGAGGAAGGGGGUGAGGAGGAUGGGGUGGCUCCUCGUGUUUCUCCUCCCAGCCAAAUGAGCAGAAUGGAAGAUGUGCAGGUGGAGAUGCUUGAGAAGGCAAGGGAGCUCUUCCAGCUGUGUGACAAGGAUAAGAAGGGUUUUAUCACCAAGGUGGACAUGCAGCGGCUCCAGAGUGAACUCCCCCUAACCCCUGAGCAGCUGGAGACUGUUUUUGAUAGCUUGGAGCAGAAUAAUAAAGGAUACUUGACACCUGUGGAGUUCAGCAUGGGUCUAGGAAAGUUAAUAGGGAUUGAAUUGUGUCAAGGGGCUGGGAGAACGGAUUGCUCCAGACAUGAGGAGACCUUUGAGUCAGGCUGGUCAGAUGACUUGGACCCUGCAGAUGAUGAUGAAGAAGAGAAACGAUUCUGCUCCAUGAUGGAGCAGCUUGGAGCAGCCCAGUUGUUUGAAGACCCACAUGAGAUUCGGGAGCUCUGGGCUCGCCUACGAAAGGAGCGUCCAGAGCUCUUAUCCAAUUUUGAAGAGUUUCUGUUGCGUGUUUCGUCAUACAUAAAGGAGGUGAAUCAUGAGCGAGAGUCUAUGGAACAAGCAUUGAAGAGGAAGGAGUCAGAUCAUGAUCGAGAAGUCAGGUGCCUUUAUGAAGAAAUGGAACAACAGAUCAAAGUAGAAAGGGAGAAGCUGGUCUGCCAGGAAGCACUGAGGCAUGACAGGAGUAACUUGCUCCAGAAGGAGCUGCACAACAAAGAGCAGGAGCUGGAGAAAAUCCUCUACCGCCAGAAGAAGCUGGAACAUCAGCUGCAGUCACUGAACUCGGAGCAGCUGGAGACCCGCGUGCAGAAUGAAAGGCUCCGGCACCUGAAUGAAAACCUGCUGGAAGAGCUGGAGAAAAGUAAAUGGGAGCUAGAGGCAGUGAAGGAGCAGUUACAGAAGCUCCAGAAAGAGGCUCAGCUUGAGCAAGAGCAGAAGGACAGGGAUGUGUUUAGAGUCUCCAAGAACAUGCAGAAAGAGAAACAAAGCCUCCUUCGGCAGCUGGAGCUCCUCAGAGAAAUGAACAAGAAACUUCGAGAUGAGCGAGAUGCUUUUGAAGCCAAGAAGCUGGUGCCUCAGAACAAAAAGCCCCUGUUGAAGAAAGGGUCAGUGCUAGGCAGUUACCUGCUGGAGGACAAGCCUGUCAAACGACAACUGGCCUCUGCGGACCCUCCCUUCACCUUCCCAGUGGAUGUGGCAGUGGAAGAACCCAACAGAAAGAACUGUAAAUACUUGCCAGGCAACAGGGUAUGGAUGAAGACAGGAGAAGGAGGCAGCACAAACUUUGGAGAGAACAGCCGAGAUGAGGAGAGAUGGCCCUUGGCAGCAGAUCCUGAGUGGUUUAAGAUGACUUUGAAGGGUGACUCUGACUGCAGAAAAAAUGCAGAUGGCUUAGAUGCUGCUCUGCUGCCUCCUCGAGCCCAGCCUGUUGGCACCGAAACCAGGCUCCAAGCACUGGAACCAGCCAGCUGUUCCCCAGAUCGCAUCUUCAAAGUGGUGUUUGUAGGGAAUUCCGGUGUUGGGAAGAGUUCCUUCAUCCACCGCUUCUGCUAUGACAGGUUCUUGGCUGAGCUCAAUGCAACCAUUGGUAUCGACUACCAGGUGAAGAGCCUAAUGGUGGAUAACACCCAGGUUGUGUUACAGCUGUGGGAUACAGCUGGACAAGAGAGGUUUCGGAGCAUCACCAAGCAGUAUUUCCGGAAGGCAGACGGGAUCCUGGUGAUGUACGACAUUACGGCCGAGUGCUCCUUCCUGGCGGUGCGGAACUGGAUGAGCAGCAUCCAGGUUGCUGACAGCACAAGAAGACAGGCAGAGGGAGACUGCCCUGCAACUGGAAGAUAUCAGCAGGAGGAAAGGGUGCUGCACAUAAAGCACACCGAUGUGUCAGCAAGAGACAUGUGCCAAUGCUAUAUCAUGAAACUGGGGGUUCCUUUCAAGAAAGCUGAAUUUGAUGAUACCAGCUCUCUAGAGACUUGGGGAAGGUGCAGCUUUUCCUAGUCUGUCAAUUUUGAGGCAUGAAUCAGGCCAAAAUGUGCAUAUUAUCUGCACUGUUCUACUUCCCAAGUCUGCAUGCAGCCCUGGUCUCUAGAGGCCUCUGCUUCUUUGGGGGAAUUCGGCUGGUCUUAUCUAGUAACACAGACUGGGCCUUCUGUCUGGAGAGGUUGCUUCCCUCUAAAGGGAUGCAGUCUUGUUCAUGUUCUUUAUGGCAAAGAAGUGGCCUAGCAGCAGAGAGCAGAGGACACAGUGGGUCUGUAUUCAACAGAAUUUCCAUGUAAAAGAGUAAAAUUAUUUUAAAUUUGGGCUAGCUCUAAGUAGUUAGUGAUCCAUCUAUCUCGGAGAGAAGCAUCUCCUCUCGGUUCUGCCGCAGCAGUGCUCAGCUGAGAGCCCACUCUGGUGAGUGAGAAUGCUUCCACCACUUUCUGCAAGACCUGGAUCUGGCCCUGGAUUUACUGCAGGAUUGGGCUGGACUUGUCAAUAUUGUAGUUAAUAGAUAAUGUGAUUAUAGUAUGAACUGAUAGGAUGAGUCAUCCAAAUGGCUUUCAUUGCUUUGUCACCCCUAUGGACCUUUUCACUGUCCUAGCAGUGUCCUGUGUAUGUUUACGGAACACAGAGCAGUUGCCCUGGGACCCGCAGGCACUGGCGUGUGCUGCUGAUUCAUAGCCCAUUGUGGGAGCUGUGCUGUACAAACCAGGGCAGCCAUAUAUAGCCUGUUUUAAGGCUGAAUGCUGCCUGUUUCCUCCCAUUCUUAUUCUUUCCUGAAGAAUCUCCAGCAAUUUGAAACUGCCUUACCUGCAGUCCUGAACGAUCCCACCAGAGUGCUUUUAAAUGCACCUGGGCUGGAAGCACAAGGCAGCUGCCUGUAUGAAAUGUACCUUUUUCUCUUGUAGGGACCUUGAGCAACAGCCUCACUUUAUUGCUGAAGGGCUGAGAUAGAGCCAGACUGAAUCUGUUCCCAUUGGGAAGGGUACUUCUUGUCACUAAGGGGUGGGGCGAAGCAGGGUGAGGAGAAGCACGGGCAGAGGUGGGAACUGUCCCCAAAAGUGCUCCUGGUUGGCAUAGCUGCCACUGUGCCUGAGCAUGGAGCUCUGGGCUGCGAAGAUUUCUGGUUUGCAGCUCAGUGGCUCUCAAAGCCUUGGGAAUAAGUGAGAUUUUUGUUAGUGCCCUUUCCCCUUUUGUCUUUGAGGCUGUUUCUGUAUGUUACUGACAUUUUAGGCACAAGAUGUGAUACUGCAGCUGUGACGCAGACCUGAACCUUGUGGCAUAGGGAAGGGCUGUGCUUGCCCAAGGUCUUUCCUCUCUUGGGAUGAGGUGGUUACUCUGAAUGUUUGUUUAUUGCACAAAUUUCCCUGGGAAUAUCCCGUGCAGGAAAAGUGCUCUGAGUCACCUACAGCCUAUCAGUGUUACAAAGAAUUUCCAUCAUUCCUCCCGGUGCCAUUUACUUCUGAUAGGAAAGAGGAAGUUUUUCUCUGGAAGAACAGGAUUUCUGAGUAAAAGGAAGAGCUAAAAGUAUUAAGAUUCUGCUGCUCAGUCCUUACUGUUGGCUGGCUGUGGCUCCCACUGUCCAACUGCACUAACGCCUUCCAGCAAUUGGGAAUCAGAAAGUUACAAGAGGCCCUGAGGGAACCUGGGCAGCUGGUGUGGUGCCUGGAGUUCAGACCUACAGCACUGCAAGGGGAACUGCUCAUGUUUGCAAGAAGUGGUGAUUGGAUGGGGUGAUCCAUGCUAAGGUGUUCUGACCAUGCACCUCCCACACUCUUUACACAGUACACCCGAGACAAAAGUGUGAAAUUUGCCUGACACACAAAUACGGACCAGUUCUGUGUAUUACUUUUAUCAGUGCUGUCAUACUGCAAUGGCAAGAACCAUCAGGUUCUUUUAAUGUACAACCUCAAGUAUGUUUUCUUAGUGUGCAAACAGUACAGGCAAUAAAGAAAUGCUGUC